AUGCGUCGCGCGCUCAACCUCCGUCUCGCCUGCCAGGGCAUGGCGAUGAAGGUGUCGGCCAACCUCGUGGUCCAAAACAUCGCCCAUCGCAAAUCGCCAGAAACGUCUCCGUUCGACUGGCAGCAGGUGCUCGAGUUCGCCAUCUACGGCUUCAUCGGCUCGCAGGUCGGCAACGUCAUCCAGUACCUCCUGGAGGACUGGUUCCCCACCGGAUCUUCCCAGGGCGACCAAGUCUUGCCCGCCACCAUCGUCGCCGACCGGCCCGCGACGACCGACGUGGUGGGCGAGAAGAAGACGGACGAGUCCACGUCCUCGUCCCUCGUCGGCAAGGGGAGGACUUGCUUGCGGUUGAGCCCCGAUCUCAUCUGGCGCAACGUCAUCGCCAAGCUCGUCCUCGAUCAGACAUUUGGUCUCCUCGCCAGCGGCUGCGUCUUUCUCAUCUGCACCAACAUUGCGCGCGCUGGCUGGCACAUCUGGCCCCUGGUCGCCAUGUGCAACUACCUCUGGGUCCCGGUGCGCUCCCGCGUCCUCGUUGCCGUCUUUGUCGGCUUCGGCUGGAGCAUCUUCCUCAGCAUCUUUGCCCGAAAAUAA